AUGGCGCUUCAACACCAUGAGCCAGCGCCCAUUGCGCCUCAGUCCUCCCUGUCAUUCACGCAGGGUUUUCUACUCGGCCAGCUCUCGGUGGUGCUAUUAAUUGGUGCUUUUAUUAAAUUCUUCAUCUUUGGUGAAGCACCGCCGCCUCCAUCCCGAGGCAUGUCCAAUCGCACAACCCACCGCCGCUACAGCUCCGUUUACAACCCGCCCCAAGAUGGCCAAAAGUCAUUACGAGAGAAACCUUCCACAUCCAACGUUCUUCGUCCUGUCCCUGCAACCUCCACAAAUACCCGCUCUAUUCUCCGCAAGACAUACUACAGCGCCAUCCCCACCAACCCCACCAGCAAACAUGGCAGACAGCGCAUGCACCACUCCUCUCACCAGCCCGAGUCGCUCGAUUGGUUCAAUGUGCUCAUCGCACAAACAAUCGCUCAAUAUAGACAAACCGCAUACUCCCUCAAGGACUCACCGACCUCUUCAAUCCUCAGCUCCCUGACAGCAGCCAUGAACAACCCAGAGAAGAAACCCUCGUUCAUUGACAAGAUCAAUGUCACCGAUAUUUCACUCGGAGAGGAGUUUCCCAUCUUCAGCAAUUGUCGCAUCAUUGCUGUGGACGACCCUAUGUCGGACGGUGGACGACUGCAGGCGUUGCUGGAUGUCGACGUCAGCGAUGACAACCUCUCAAUCGCUGUCGAAACAUCCAUGGUGCUGAACUACCCGAAACCACGUUCCGCCAUUCUACCAGUGGCACUAUCCGUGUCGGUCGUAAGAUUCUCAGGAACACUCUGCAUAUCCCUGAUUCCAGCAUCCACAGAACCCCCAGAGCCUAUUCCAACACCAGCUGGCGCAACGCCAGAACAAUUCCAAAAUAAGGGAGCAGCACCGAAUGGACCUGGCGAUCACUCUGCAUCCCAGGACCAACUUCCACCCAAAAGCAGCCCCAAGAGCAAUGUCGCUUUCUCUUUCCUUCCCGACUACCGACUGGACCUUUCAGUACGCUCGCUCAUCGGAUCCCGUAGUCGACUACAGGACGUACCGAAAAUCGCCCAGCUAGUGGAGGCACGAGUGCACGCCUGGUUUGAGGAGCGUGUCGUCGAGCCUCGCGUACAAGUUGUUGGACUUCCUGAUCUGUGGCCGCGCAUGGGCCGAACAGGCGUGCGGACAGGCGAGGACUCGGACGCUGGGUCCACAGCGCCACCUCGAAGCGCAGGCUCCACUGAGGCAUCAGGGCCCACCCAUUUUGAUGAUCAUGGUCGGGAACCAGAGGGGCUACGGUUCCGCGGCGGGUUGGAUGCCCGAUUAGGACUUGGAGCUGGGUCGCGUACGAGCAGCUUCAAUGUCGAUAUGGGGGGCUUGCGGAGCUCGAGUAUGACCAGGCAGGAAAGUGCUGGUGCUACAAGUGAUCGGUUUGAGAUGCCUGGCGCUAUGCCUGCCGGAACGCCCGUCGGCACGCCUGGUAUUCCCGAUGCUGCUUAA